AUCCCAUAACGUGCGGGGCAGGCGCAGCACACCGGAGGGACUAGCUAGUUGUUUUCCAGCUGUCAGGUUGCCUGUUUACUCAUCCCUUUAUUUAUAUCCAUGUCUCGACCCGUGUGUGACAGCGGCUCGUAGUCCCGCUGCACAACCUGCAACACUGACCGGGAGUCCGGACUCGAAGCGAGCGAUGUCGGAGGAGCGCAGGGUGGCAGCAACAACAACAACAACAACAGGGCGUGCUGCUGUCCCCCUAGCAUCGCAACGUCCCCCGGUCCAUGUCAUUUAACCCUGCCGGGCGACUACACCCGUCCUCGCCUCCCGACCAGUCCAGUCCUGUCCCACAGUGGCCCGCAGUGAUGGCUGAUGAGGACCCCCAGCAGCAGCCGCCGCAGCCGGACCGCGGGGCGGGGAGCCUCCCCGGCCUGCUCCCCGGGCUGCAGGGCGCUGAGGCCAGUGCUCUGCAGCUCAGGAUCAAGAACUCCAUCUGCAAAUCUGUUCAAUCAAAGGUGGAAAACAUUCUGCAAGAUGUUGAGAAGUUCUCAGACAUUGAAAAACUCUACCUCUACCUCAAGUUGCCUUCUGGUCCCAGCAGCAGCGCUGAUAAAAGUGACCAGAGCGCCCUGUCAUCGAGCCGCACGCAGCAGAUGCACGCAUUUACCUGGAUCCGACAUCAUUUAGAGGAGUACCCCGAGACCUCGCUCCCCAAGCAGGAAGUCUAUGAUGAAUACAAGAGCUUCUGUGACAAUCUGAACUACCACCCGCUGAGUGCUGCAGACUUCGGAAAGAUGAUGAAAAAUGUCUUCCCGAACAUGAAGGCGCGUCGACUUGGCAUGAGGGGAAAAUCAAAAUAUUGCUAUAGUGGCCUAAGGAAGAGACCGUUUGUUCACAUGCCAUCUUUACCUACUCUAGACCUCCAUAAAACAGGGGAUGGAUGUUUGCAGCACCAGUGUGAGGUACUGGAGUCCACAGGUCAGCUGAGCAGCAUUAAGGAAGAGGUGCGGUUUGCAGCCUGUGAUCUUGUGUGUGAGUGGGCCCAGAAGGUGCUCAAACGCCAGUUUGAUGCUGUGGAGGAUCUGGCUCGCUUCCUAAUCGACAGCCAUUACAUCAGCAACAAGUCUUUGGCAGCUCUCACCAUGAUGACCGGCACAGCAGCAGAGGUGAAAGCUCCGCAGUCCAUCUCAGCCUUCGCCCCAGCUGCAGACACUCACUCCUUCCAGCGUCAUGUGACCACCUUGUCCUCUCCGUCCGUCGAUGCAAAGCAGCAGCUCCAGAGGAAAAUCCAGAGGAAGCAACAGGAGCAAAAGCUGACCUCUCCUUUACCCGGAGAGGGACAAAUUAGGAAGGCAGAUGACACUGUGUCUUGUGGUAGUCCCACCCCUCCAUCACCUCAGCCAACCAUAGGCAUCGUGGUCGCUGCUGUGCCAAGCCCCAUCACGGUUCAGAGGAGCAGGCCACUGAUGUCCCCGAGUCCAGUGGGAACAGUGGAGAGCAAAAUGCUGCCCAUUAACAUCCAGAUGGUGACCCAGCCAGUUCAGGCAGUGAAACAAAGCACCAAACCCCCCCAAAAUAUUCUGCCCAGUACAGUGGGAGAGCGCACAGCUCGGCAGCGCUACGCUCAAAUCCUCCCUAAACCUUCAGCCACCACUGCCAUCGCUCUCCGCUCGCCCUCCACUAUGAUCAUCGCUAACAGCCCCAUUAAGACUGUUGUGACUCCUUGUCAUGUGAGCCCAGUCAGUUUGGUGAAAAUGGCAGCCAUAUCGCUUGCGCCCAACAGCAGUGAAACCGCCACGUCCAUUACAAACGUGCUGCGGCCGGCAUCUGCAGACAUCAGCUCUAAAGUUACAGAAGAUGUCAGGUCCAUUCAGAACAUGAGGAGUGCCUCAACUGUCCCCAUUUUGGCCCCAGUGGCCAGGCCAGGGCAGACUUCCAACACUCCAAGUAUCGAUGUUGAAAUGGAAGUUGAAGCUAUACAUGAAAACAGCCAGAUGCAAAAUCUGGGCUGUCAAGUUUUGCCACAAGGAGCAAUGAUGAAUAGAGUCAAAGGGGCUGUACAGAGGGCUGCCAGUGUGCCCAUACCGCAAACAAAAGGAUUCUUGGGCCUUGAGGAAACAUCCAUCAAUAACUGCAGCAGAGAGUCCUCCUCAAGCACUAACACUGUGUCCAUAGGCGACUGCAGCAAUAAUAGCAUUAAUAAUACAAGCACUUUGCACUUAAAUCCCUCCACUCAGAAUACUAGCACUGUGUCUUUACUGAACACCAGCAGAGCAUCUUCAUUUGGGGAAAGCAGCCAAGCAAAGCAAGGUUUCUUGUCCACUAAGAGCCUCAGAAAACGUUCAUGCCUCAGUCCAGACUUUUCACCAGUCAAAAGGGUUUUUAUUCCCCAGAAGCCAGCAGAGGGUGCUGCUGGUCUAGGAUAUGGUAUCAGAAACAUGACGGGUAAUGUCUCCAGGCCAGGUGCUCCAGCUAGACCUGAAAGUGCACCCGCCACCAGAGAGGUAGAAGUGAAAAUGACCUCUCAAGUCCACGCACUUGGCACUUCUUCUUUCAGACCUAGCAGCUUUUACUCUGUUGCCAAAACACAUAGUUCACUGCAGAGGAAAAACAUUUACACUGUUAUGGAAACUGGCACCUCAGUCAGUCACGCAUUAAUACAGCAACAUCAAGGGCACGCAGCGGCUGACGCACAUGCCAUGCCUGAUAAUCCUGGUUUUCCAAAGCAUUCAGGUGUGGGUUCAAACUCAAGCCUGGAAGGAGCCCAACAGCAGACCUGCGGUCAGUCCAAUCCUACUACUGAAACCUUAGAGUUUUUGACUCAACCUUCAUCAUCCAGUCACCUGCCUAUGCAGACAGAUAUGACAGACUACUUUCCCUUUGAUGAUGACGUGACUCAGGACAGCAUUGUGGAGGAGCUGGUGCAAAUGGAGGAGCAGAUGAAACUUAACAGCCUGCAGCAGUUUGGAGAUUCUCUCACACUGCAAGGCCAACAGGAUGUGAUGCCAAACAACAUGAUGUCCAAUAAUAAGAAUAUUGCUGUUACUGCCUUCUAUCAUGCUACAAGCAACAGCAGCAACACAAUCCAAACUCCAACACCUACACCCACAUCAGAAAUGAUGGGAGGAGCCCAAGGCCUGACCGGAGAGAGCCCCUGCUCCCAUAUCGCCUCCACAACCCCAGUGGACAGCGCACUCGGAAGCAGUCGUCACACCCCGGUUGGUACUCCACACUCCAACUGCAGCAGCACCGUUCCUCCCAGUCCAGUCGAGUGCAGAAACCCAUUUGCAUUCACACCCAUUAGCUCCAGCAUCACUGGUUUCCAUGAUGGCAGCACCAUCUCCAGCAGCCCCGUCAAACCGAUGCAGAGGCCAAUGGCCACCCACCCAGACAAGACCAGGCUGGAGUGGAUGAAUAACAGUUACAACAGCAGCAGCGGGAGCGGUAGCAGAUCAAACAACGGAAUGGAAAUCCUGCCCAGCUAUCAAGGCUUGAUAGAGGACCAUUUUCAAAAACCUCACGCCUUUGCCGUUCCUCAUGCGCGACACCAUGACAGCCAUUUUGGCCGCUUGACUCCCAUCUCACCUGUACAGCAGCAGGUAGCGAGCAUGGCCAAGCAGGAGGGUUUUGCUGUGCCUGCCCCUCUGGAUAAUAAAACUGGCAGCACAUCUGCUGCAAAUUUUAGGUGUCGCAGUGUAAGUCCUGCUGUGCAUCAGAGGAAUUUAAGUGGCAGCACGGGAAGCAGCGCCCUUCCCAGUGCUCCCCGUUCAGUGGUGUCUCCCUUUAAUUCUCCUGUGACGCCUGAGGUGUUUAACAUCUUUGCAAACAGCCAGACAAACCUCGGUGUGAACAGCAUGGCUCAGAGGAGCCGCUCUGUGCCAGUCAACAUUAUGAUGCAAAGUGAGGUCCCGCCCACACCGGGACAGCAGUGCGGCACCAAAGGCAUCGCCAGCGUCCUCCUGAGCAAGCUGGAUGGAGACCAUGAGAAUAGUAUGCGUGGUGUGGGAAUCAAUAAUUUACCCUCCACCUACACUGCACGUAUGAACCUCACCCAGAUCCUUGAGUCCAACUCCAGCCUCCCAUGCACUGACAACCUGAUGACCUCUGACUCCACCAAUACCUGUAACCUGCAGAGGCCCAGUUACCUCAUGGAAAAUGCUAUUAAUGAACAAAUGAUUCUCUCCGCAGGUGAAGGCCAAGUACAAUCAGCCGCUGGAGAGCAGCAUCAGCAGCAGUCCAUCGUGUCACCUUUGAACUCGCAGCAGCAACACCAGCAAUUAGAUUUCAGCAGUGCUCAAGACCUCCUCACAGACAGCGGCCUCACUGCUGGUGCUCAGCUCAUGGAACAGGUGUCGGAGCUGACGGCAGGUUUCCCUGGUGAAAUCAGAAUGACAUCAGAGCUCUCCAGUAGCAUCAGUGACCUUAACGCGUUGGACACAAACCUGCUGUUUGACCCUAACCAGCAGCAAGGCCAGUAUCAACACACCGCCCCAGAGGAGUUGGUGGAUGAUUCGCUGUUUCAGCAAAUCACCAGCGAGACAGCUCAUUCAAGUGGCCUCGACUGGCUGGAAAGCAAAGAUCAUCCAACUGUUGGGCUGAUGGGCUGAGAGCAGAUCUUUUUAUCGGCAUGUUGAACAUGUUAUUCUGUGGUUGCUGUUUGUUUUAUUUAUUUUUUCAGGCAUUUAUAAUGCAACACUGGACACAAUGAGGUCUGUCCAGAUUAAGUGCCAGGCUGAAACUGAGAGAAUGCUGCAAAACGUACUGAAAAUGCUGGUCAUUUCCCUUUAAUGAGAGAAUAUCACCUCACUUAGUUUGAUCAAGAGCAUUUCCAACAAGUAAACACGGAAAAGAAACCUAAUCUAAUUUUGUUUAAUAUUUCACUGCACAGUCAGAUCAGUGACAGAGCCAUGGAUCAGUUACUGGGAUUAGGUUAACUGGUGAUUCUAAAUUGC